AUGCCUUCCGCAGACUCAAAACCCAAGACCUUGUACGACAAGGUCUUCCAGGACCACAUUGUCAAUGAGCAAGAAGAUGGUACUUGCUUGAUCUACAUUGAUCGCCACCUCGUCCACGAGGUCACAUCUCCCCAGGCCUUCGAGGGUCUUAAGAACGCCAGCCGCAAGGUCCGCCGGCCGGACUGCACUCUGGUUACAGUCGAUCACAACAUUCCCACCUCCUCCCGCAAAAGCUUCAAGAACGCCGCCGACUUCAUCAAGGAGAACGACUCGCGUCUGCAAUGCACAACCCUGGAGGAGAACGUGAAGGACUUUGGCCUCACCUACUUCGGUAUGGGUGACAAGCGCCAGGGUAUUGUCCACAUUAUCGGCCCGGAGCAGGGUUUCACUCUGCCCGGCACCACUGUCGUCUGUGGUGACAGUCACACCUCCACACACGGUGCUUUCGGCUCCCUCGCAUUCGGUAUCGGAACCAGUGAAGUCGAGCACGUCCUCGCUACCCAGACCCUCAUUACCCGCCGCAGCAAGAACAUGCGCAUCCAGGUCGAUGGCGAGCUGCCUGCUGGUGUUACCAGCAAGGAUGUGGUUCUUCACAUCAUUGGUGUGAUUGGUACAGCUGGUGGUACCGGUGCUGUGAUUGAGUUCUGCGGAUCCGUCAUCCGGGGUCUCAGCAUGGAAGCCCGUAUGUCCAUGUGUAACAUGUCCAUUGAGGGUGGUGCCCGUGCUGGUAUGAUCGCCCCUGAUGAGAUCACCUUCGAGUACCUCAAGGGCCGUCCCUUGGCUCCCAAGUACGGUAGUGCUGAGUGGAACAAGGCUGUGAACUACUGGACUAGCUUGAAGUCCGAUGAGGGCGCCAAGUACGAUAUUGAUAUAUUCCUUGAUGGAAAGGAUAUUAUUCCCACCAUCUCCUGGGGUACCUCGCCCCAGGAUGUUAUCCCAAUCAACGGCGUUGUUCCCAGCCCCGAUGACUUUGAGGAUGAGGCCCGCAAGCUGGCUUGCAAGCGUGCCUUGGAGUACAUGGGUCUUGUCUCUGGCACUCCCAUGAAGGAGGUCGUGGUUGACAAGGUCUUCAUUGGUUCUUGCACCAAUGCCCGUAUUGAGGAUCUGCGUGCUGCCGCCAAGGUCGUCAAGGGCCGCAAGGUCGCUUCUAACAUCAAGCGUGCUAUGAUUGUUCCUGGCUCUGGACUGGUCAAGGAGCAGGCCGAAGAAGAGGGUCUGGACAAGAUCUUCGAGGAUGCUGGCUUCGAAUGGCGUGAGGCUGGUUGCUCUAUGUGUCUGGGUAUGAACCCGGAUAUCCUCUCCCCCAAGGAGCGCUGCGCCAGUACUUCCAACCGUAACUUCGAGGGUCGCCAGGGUGCCCAGGGCCGUACCCACCUGAUGUCCCCCGCCAUGGCCGCCACCGCUGCCAUUGUCGGCAAGCUCGCCGAUGUGCGCGAACACGUCGUGUCCAGCCCCGUCCUCGCCAAGGCCUCCCCCAAGAUCGACGUCCAGCAACCCGUGGCCGACUCCCCCGAAACCGAGGAUGAGCUCGACCGCGUCCUCGACCAGCCCGCCGAUGACGAGCCUCACACCAACACCAGCGCUCCUGGCGGUGGCAAGAGCACCGGUCUCCCCGCAUUCACUACCCUGAAGGGCAUUGCCGCCCCCUUGGACCGAUCCAACGUCGACACCGACGCCAUCAUCCCCAAGCAGUUCCUCAAGACCAUCAAGCGCACCGGUCUUGGAACAGCUCUCUUCUACGAGCUCCGCUACACCGACGACAAGGAAAACCCUGACUUCAUCCUGAACCAGGGUAUCUACCGCGACGCCAAGAUCCUGGUCGUUACCGGCCCCAACUUCGGCUGUGGUAGUUCCCGCGAGCACGCCCCCUGGGCCCUCCUCGACUUCGGCAUCAAGUGCAUCAUCGCCCCCUCCUUCGCCGACAUCUUCUUCAACAACACCUUCAAGAACGGCAUGCUCCCCGUUGUGGUCUCCGACGAAGCUGCCCUCGCCAAAAUCGCAGACGAAGCCCACGCCGGCCGCGAAGUCGAAGUCGACCUUGUUAACCAGGAAAUCAAGGAUUCCAAGGGUACCAAGAUCAUCUCCUUCGACGUCGACGGCUUCCGCAAGCACUGUCUCGUCAACGGCCUGGACGACAUCGGUCUCACUCUCCAGAUGGAGUCUAAGAUUAAGUCCUUCGAGUCCAAGCGUACCCUGGACACACCCUGGUUGGACGGAAGUGGUUACCUUCGUCGUGAUCGUCGCGGUGCCACUAUGGUCCAGGCUGCCCCUGUUCCUAAGACUAACCGUGGUGAGGUGACGAAUGAGCCCCUUGAGUGGUAA